ACAAGGAAUUUCUCUGGUCUCUCUGUCUCUCUCUCUCUCUGUCCAUCUGUGAAGCAGCUGACAUCCAUGGCGAUCAUUGGCGGCGAUUACUCAAUUGUUUUUUGGGAGCAAUUUGGUGGAAUCUGCAAAUUGCGCGCCAGUAUACAAAUGGUACCAAUUUUCAGUCGGACAGGUGCAUAGAGAAGCGCUGGCAAUUUUGAGUUCAGAGAUUGCACUGGUGAUUCUGAGUUCAAAUAUCUGCUGGAAAGUUGUUCCCGAGUUGUUAUUGAAGGAUGUUUCAUCUUGAGAAACUGAAAUUCUCAUGGUCUUUGGCCGGAGCGAUUGCUUCUAUUGUGGCAUUGAUUUCGUUGGUUCAUCUAUUCGUGUAUCCCGUUGUACCUUCUUUGGAUUAUUUAAGUGCUCAAAGAGUUCAAAACUCUUGCCUGCCAUUAAAUGGAUCGAGUGAGGGAGGCACGAGUAAUGGUCAGGGAAUAAAAUCACGUGUUAAUCUGGAUAACCAAUUCCCAGCCGACUCUCACUACGCGGUGGUGUAUCGUGGUGCACCUUGGAAGGCCAGGAUAGGUAGGUGGCUAUCUGGCUGUGAUUCUGUAACAGAGGAAGUCAAUGUUGUUGAGGUUAUAGGUGGCCUGAGCUGCAAAGAUGAUUGUAGUGGUCAAGGCAUUUGUAACCACGAGUUAGGGCAAUGCCGUUGCUUUCAUGGUUUCAGUGGGGAAGGAUGCUCCGAGAAAUUGCAUCUGGACUGCAAUUACCCAGCAUCAUCGGAGCUACCAUUUGGGCGAUGGGUUGUCUCAAUUUGCUCUGCUCACUGCGAUACAACUAGAGCCAUGUGCUUUUGUGGAGAAGGAACCAAGUAUCCAAACCGUCCAGUGGCUGAGGCAUGUGGGUUUCAAGUGAAGCUGCCUUCUAAAGAUGGAGGUCCCAAAGUAACUGAUUGGGCAAAAGCUGACUUGGAGAAUAUAUUCACAACGAAUGGUAGUAUGCCAGGAUGGUGUAAUGUGGAUCCAGCUGAUGUUUAUUCUUCCAAGGUACAUUUCAAGGAGGAGUGUGACUGUAAAUAUGAUGGCCUAUGGGGUAGGUUUUGUGAAGUGCCAGUGCUGUGCACUUGUAUCAAUCAGUGCUCUGGACAUGGAUACUGUCGUGGUGGAUUCUGUCAGUGUGAGAAUGGUUGGUAUGGAGAUGAUUGCAGUAUUCCGUCGGUGGUGUCAUCUGUGGGAGACUGGCCUCGAUGGUUACGCCCAGCUCAAAUUGAAGUUCCUACUAAUAAGAAUCUCACGGGGACUCUUGUCCGUCUCAACACUUCUCUAAGAAGGAAGAGGCCACUUAUAUACGUGUAUGAUCUGCCCCCAGAAUUUAACAGUCUACUUCUCGAGGGACGACACUUCAAGUUUGAAUGUGUCAACAGAAUCUAUGAUGACAGGAAUGCAACUCUGUGGACAGACCAGCUGUAUGGCUCCCAGAUGGCACUCUAUGAAAGUAUCUUAGCUAGUCCACACAGGACACUGAAUGGUGAAGAAGCAGAUUUUUUCUUCGUGCCUGUUCUUGAUUCAUGCAUAAUUACUCGUGCUGAUGAUGCGCCUCAUUUGAGUAUGCAGGACCAUAUGGGUUUGAGGAGCUCUCUCACCUUGGAUUUUUACAAGAAGGCAUACUAUCACAUAGUUUCCCAAUAUCCCUUUUGGAACCGUUCAUCUGGAAAGGACCACAUAUGGUCUUUUUCCUGGGAUGAAGGUGCUUGCUAUGCCCCCAAGGAGAUAUGGAACAGCAUGAUGUUGGUUCACUGGGGUAAUACAAAUUCAAAGCACAACCACUCAACCACAGCCUACUGGGCUGAUAACUGGGAUCGAAUUUCUUUGGAUCGAAAGGGGGACCAUCCAUGUUUCGACCCUGAUAAAGAUCUAGUUCUUCCUGCAUGGAAGAUCCCUGAUGCAAAUGCUGUAAACUUGAAUCUUUGGGCUAGGCCCUAUGAGAAAAGGAAAAAACUGUUCUAUUUCAAUGGAAAUUUGGGACCAGCUUAUGCAAAUGGAAGGCCGGAAGACACCUAUAGCAUGGGUAUCAGACAGAAGUUGGCAGAAGAAUUUGGAUCAAGCCCUAACAAAGAAGGGAAGCUUGGGAGACAGCAUGCUGAAGAUGUGAUAGUGACCCCACUGCGUUCUGACAACUAUCACGAGGAUUUAGCUAGUUCUAUUUUUUGUGGGGUGCUGCCUGGAGAUGGUUGGAGCGGUCGAAUGGAAGAUAGUAUAUUGCAGGGAUGCAUUCCUGUGGUCAUUCAGGAUGGGAUAUACUUGCCAUAUGAGAAUGUACUCAACUAUGAAAGCUUUGCGGUUCGUUUACGUGAAGAUGGAAUUCCUGACAUGAUAAAGAUUCUGCGGGGAUUCAAUGAGACAGAAGUGAGGUUCAAGCUGGCAAAUGUUCAGAAAAUCUGGCAGAGGUUCAUGUACCGAGAUUCGAUUCUGCUAGAGGCUGAGAGGCAGAGAAAUGCUUUCAGUAGAGUGGACGACUGGGCAAGUGCAUUUCUGAAGUUCAGUGAAGAUGAUGUCUUUGCCACAUUUCUGCAGGUCUUGCACUAUAAGUUACACAAUGAUCCAUGGAGGCAACAAGUUGAUCAUCAGAAUAAGGAGUUUGGGCUGCCACAAGAGUGCCUCAUGAAAACCACCUGAAUUACCAUAUCAAUCCCUGAAGGGAGUUCUCGGGUAUUGCGGGAGCUGAGUGUAUAUCAAUAGAAGAGAAACUGCAGAUAGUAGCAACAACUCUUCUUCGAAUGAGCUACAGAUGCUGAUGACUUACUGGAUUAAAGAAAGUGCAUGCAGUGCCACACCAUCCCGAGAACCACAGUUUUGCGAAGAUGGUGCCAAACUCCGGCAUAUUUUCUAAACAAAGGCGAACGUGAGUACAGGCGUUUUUUCCCUUCUCACACGUAAAAUCUAUCAUGAUCAGUAAUUAGAGGAAAGUAUCUCAAUUUUUCUAAGAAAUGUCUAUAUUUAUUGGUUCUUUCACAGUCAGUAGUCAUCAUAAACAGAAAGCUAGAUCCCUUCCUUGCUCGAUAUCAUUAUACGGGAGCCCAAGCCAGAGGGUAGUCCCAAUAAUUUCAGACAUAUUUGAUUACAGAAGUUCAGAAUCCCAAACACUUUUUAUCUAUGCAAUUGUUUCAUGAGCAAA